AUGAUCAGAAUUGGUAAGAACAAAGUCCGAACGGGAUGCUUCACCUGCAAACGGCGACGAGUCAAAUGCGACGAGGCACGACCCAGCUGCAAUCGCUGCAUCAAGGCUGGUAAGCCAUGUGAAGGAUACGCCAACGAUCCGGGGUCCGGUCGAGCGAACGAACCCGUCAGAUUUGUCGUCUACUCUCCCCACAAUCCAAUCCCCCUGUUGUCUGAGCAUCCAGAUCUCGAUUGGUCGGAGCGGCGGGCAUUGAGCUACUUCCAGGAUCGCACAGCCCUGGAGCUUGCCGGCGCUUUCCAGCCAGACUUCUGGUUAGCGACUAUUCUGCCACUCGCAAGGCAGGAGACCUCUGUCAGACAUGCUCUCAUUGCCUUGAGCAGCAUGCAUGAACACUUUGCCGGCGUCGAUCAUUUCUCGCCCACAGGAGGCGUCGAUUUUGCCUUGAAUCAUUACGGCAAAGCUAUGCGAGAGGUUGUGAAACUCAAGCAGUCCCAGCUGGACCGGCGCUUCGAUUACGCCCUGGUCACGUGUGCUCUGUUCUCUGCCUUGGAGAGUAUUCAAGGACAGUAUCACGAGGCGUGCAACCAUGCCGUCUCCGGAAUCAGAAUCCUUGCUGAAGAGCAACGAAGUCCUAGCGCCACUACGAAGCAGACAGGGAUUCCUCGUGAAACCCUCACGCGGGUUUUCAUCGCCAUGGGGAGACAGAUAAUGGAGAUCGGGGAUCCCAAUUUCCCGACUCCUAGACCGGAGUUGUACCGUACGAAGACCGCAAUACCCAUGCCGGAUCAAUUCACCUCGCACGAGCACGCCCUGCUGCACAUGGAAUUUCUCCUUGCAGACCUAGUCGAAUACGCGUACCGAGCAGAGACGCUGGUCAAUCAAGGACCCCUCUCAGACGACGUUGCUCUUUGCCUCCUGACAGAAUUCCACGCCAUCAAGAUCCAAUUUGGGAAAUGGCAGGCUGCAUUUGACGCGUUCUCUUCAGUUGACGCCAACGAAUACUCGAGAGAGACACCCGAGUCCUCCAGCUCAACCGCUUCAUCCCCGUCAGGAGAGCAUUUCAGACAACCACGGAGUCCUGCUUUCCUUAUUCUCAGAGCCUACCAAGCUCUCAUGAUAGCCUUCCUCGUACGAAUCGAACGCAACGACGAAGCAGCGUUCAAUGAUUUUGGUCCACAAUUCUGGACGGCUCUAGACGCCGUGGAGGAGUUUAUCCAAUGUACCUCCACUUUCGUCAAUCCCGUGGAUAGCUGGUAUUCGUCGACAGGACGACCCUCCGACCCGACAACCUCAACCUCGACCUCGACCUCAAACCUGACCCCACAAUCGUUCUCACAACCAUCACACGUGGGGCAGUCCCGCACCGUGCGGCCGACGUUCUCCCUCGCACUCGGGAUAGUGCCCACCCUCUUCCUCAUCGCCUCCCGAACCUUCGACAUCGCCUUGCGCGACAAAGCCCUCGCGCUCCUCCGUAUGUGCAACCGGCGCGAGGGGCUUUGGGAUUCCCGCCUCGCCGCGAGUCUGGUCGACCGGGUCAUCGAGUUGAGGGAUAUGGCGAGACAGAUGGGCGGCGGGCACCAACAUCCCGUCGAUGGUGACGUGGAUGACCCUGUGACGCAGACGACAAUGAGCCUGGGGGAAAGCCAAGAGACAAACAACAGUCCCCCAGCGGCCGGCGGAGGCAGCGGCGGAAACGGCGUGGAGUUCAAGUUACUGGACAUCAAGUUCCUCCCGGGCAGGAGAUGCAUGUUUCGAUACGCCUUUGUCACAAUCCAGGGCAAGACGGAAGGAACCCCGAUUCCCAUGCUCAGCAGUGAGGUGCCAAACCAUGUUCCCGGCGCAAAGGUGCAUUCUGUGACGGAGUUUUGGGAGGAGUUGCAUUGGGAAGGAUAG